AUGUUCUCCAGCCGUUUUCUCUACCGAUCCUCUUCAACGAUGCCCGCUACCGUCGCCGAGCUGAUCACCAAAAACAAAGUGGUGGUUUUCUCGUGGGUGCACUGCCCGUACUGCUCUCGCGCCAAGGAGAUCCUCAAGUCGCUUGUGAAGGACAUACAAGUUUACGAGUGCGACCAGAUGGAAAACGGUGAGGAACUUCGUGCGCAUAUCCUGCAGGCGUACCACCACGACACAGUGCCGGCGAUCUUCAUCAAUGGUGAGUUCAUUGGCGGGUGCAGCGACUUGCAGGCCAUCCAGAAGAGUGGCGAACUGGCCGCGAAGCUUGCGUGA